CCCCCCUCGCCGCCAUGUUCAACAACACCUACAGCAACGUGACGGAGGAGCUGAGCCGCCUGCACCUGAGCAACGCGACGCCGCAGCAGUACUCGCCGGGCAUCGGGAAGAAGAUCGGGCCCGUCGUCCCCCCCAAGCCCAAGAAACCCCCGCCGCAGCAUGGCCACGCCUCCGCCCUGCACCAGGAAGGCCAGGAGCAGGCUGUGUACGGUAACAUCGGCAUGGGCGCUGUCCACGGCCUCUCCUCCGCCCCCUCCAGUACCCACGCGGGCGUCGAGGACUACUACGCCGUUAAUGCGCCCGCCCCUGGCACCGUGGGCGUGGCGUCGGCGCGCAUCAUGAGCAGCGGGGGCGGCGCGGGCGGGGGCGUCGGCGCGCUCGGCCGCGGCCUGGACGCCCCUCUGCCCGCGGGCGGCGACUUCAGCGGUGUGAUCGUGCCGGGCGCCGUGUACACGUCGUCGGCCGCCAUGGCGCCCGCGGGCGGCCUGGGCGGUGGCGGCGGCCUGGGCAUGGGCACGUACACGCCGCCGCCGCCCCAGCCCGCCCACAGCUACACGCCCACGUCGCGGGUGGCCGUGCCCAUGAGCGCGCAGCCGCUCUACUCCAACACCGCCUCGCAGCCCAUCUACAACAACUCGCCACGCGCUCACCACGCCCACGCGGGCGGCGGUGGAAGUGGCGGGGUGGGCAGCCAUUCGCCCCCGCCCCCCCUGCCCGCCUCCCAGCCGCCCACCAGCCAGCACGCCCGCGCCUACGCCAACAUGAGUACCAACGGCGCCGCCUACCCGCCCACGCACGCCCUCUACGCCAACCUGGACGCCGGCACGCCCACGGGCCUGUCCCAGUACGCCACCUUCGGCCCCGACGAGGACUUCCCGCUGCCGCCGCCCGACGAGGGCCCGCCGCCCCCCUCGCCGCCCUCGCCCGUCUCGUCCUCCUACUCGGAGCUCCGCCGCGCCACGCCCACCGCCGGCGCCCACCACAACGGCGGGGCGCACGUGGUCACCAGCAGCGCCGCCACGCCCACCGCGGUCCAGGGCGGCCCGGUGGGCGUGGGCGGCGUAGGAGGAGGGCCUGGCUCCAACUACGGGACGUACGCGCCGGGGUCGCACACGAGCUCAACCUACGAGUCCAUCUACGAGCCCAUCACGCCACGCCCCUCCAGCCAGAUGUCGAACAAGUCGGGCUACAGCCUCUAUGGGCCCUACACGUCCCCGAGGGCCCGUGGCUUGGCCCCGCCCCCAAGCAACCAGCCCCUGGUCAACCCCGACAAAGUGGGGAAGGAGGCCGAGGUGGACGCCCUCACCAACCUCCUCGUGCAGUCCAUGGAUAGUACCAAUGACCCAGAGUUCUUUGGUGCGUAUGAAUCGUGCAUUUGUACUCGCUGUGGGGAAAAGGUUGUGGGAGAGGGCAGUGGAUGCACAGCGAUGGAACAGGUGUACCACAUCAAGUGCUUUGUCUGCAUAGUGUGUCACCUCCAGCUCCAGGGCAAGCCUUUUUAUGCUCUCGACUCUAAGCCAUAUUGCGAAGACUGCUACCUAAAUACUCUAGAGAAAUGCUGCGUAUGUACGAAGCCCAUUCUCGACCGCAUCUUACGAGCAACUGGGAAGCCCUACCACCCACAGUGCUUUACAUGCGUCGUAUGCAACAAGUCCCUGGACGGCAUUCCAUUCACAGUAGAUGCCUCAAAUCAGAUCCACUGUAUAGAUGAUUUCCAUAAAAAGUUUGCUCCUCGCUGUACUGUGUGCCACGAGCCUAUUAUGCCAGAGCCAGGAAAGGACGAGACAGUUAGAGUCGUUGCUCUCGACCGCUCAUUCCAUGUUAAUUGCUACAAGUGUGAGGACUGUGGGUUGGUGUUGUCCUCGGAGGCGGAGGGGAGGGGCUGUUACCCCCUCGACGGCCAUGUCCUGUGCAAGAGUUGCAACGCGCGUCGGGUACAAGCCAUCACCUCCAAGGUCACCACUGACCUGUAGGCGUAGACGGAGAGAGGGGGUUGGGGGGGAGGCUCCACCGCGCACUGAGCACCUUGUUUUUUACAGCACCGAGAGUGUCCUGAGGAUUGCCCUUGUUAGUCAAAGUUCAUGUUAUUUUUGAUGAUUAGGUUUGGCUUUUUUCUAGCCUUCCUUUUCUUUUACUCUUUUCAUUUAUUAGUAUUUUUCUUUGACUUUUUUUUCUUUUUUCUUUCAUCUUAUGCUUAAUGACAUUACCCACAUAUGUUUAUAAUGUGAAAAUAUAUAUAUAUACACAUGUACAUAUUG